AUGGCUUUGCACUUCCUGGCCACCCUGGCCCUCCUGGCCCUCGAUGCCUCGGCCGCAGUCACGGUCCGCAAGACCGGCCGCGCGCCAACAGGCUACGAGGUCGACUUCUCCUACACCAACACGACGGCCUCGCGCGUGCUGAUCGGCGGUGGACUGCAGCUGUUCACGGAUGAAUUCCACACGACCCUGACGUCCAGCGGCGGGUUUGACCCCCGCGACUACCGGCCCGGGGACUUCUACGUGGGCAGCUUCGGCGGGCCCCGGGACCGGGCCUGGCCGUACGAGAUGGUGCGCAGCAGCGGCGACGACGGGCUCUGGACCUUUACGACGUCGCUGCCCUCGGGCAUCUACAGCUUCGCGUACCUGGUCGACUGCGACAACCCGUUCGCCUGCAGCAUCGACACGGGCCAGCUGGUCAUCGACCCGGACCUGCCGCCGUACCGCAACGUCCAGGGCGACCAGGUGGCCUCGUCGUUCCAGGUGCCCUACGACGCGCAGUUCCAGGGCACGCCGACCAUCGACCUCAACUUUGACUACGCGCUCUCGGCGCCGGCGGGCAGCCGCGGCACCAUCAAGCCCGUCAACUACACCAGCCCCGGGUCGAUCCACCCGGCGCCCGACGUGCACGAGUUCAGCGUCUACCUGCCGGCCGAGUACGGCUCCGUGGCGGGCAAGAAGUACCCGCUGCUGUACCUGUCGCACGGCGCGGGCGGCAACGGCGACGACUGGGAGAACCUGGGCCGCAUGUCGGCCAUCAUGGACAACCUGAUCCGCGGGGGGCUGCUGGACCCGACCGUCGUCGUCAUGCCGUCCUUCUACAACCUGGACAGCUCGCUGCCCAAGUUCAUCUACGGCAACAUGUCCAACUUUGCGCCGAUCCCGGACCCGGCGGCCAUCCGCGAGAACUACCAGAAGUACCUGUUCCCCUGGGUGCAGGACCACUACGACGUGUGCGACGAGCCCGGGUGCCGGGGCUUCGCGGGCCUGUCGUGGGGCGGGCGCCUGACGUACGAGAUGUACAUCAACGCGACCGACUACUUUGGCUACUUCGGGCUGUUCUCGCCGGCGACGAGCGCGCCGCUGCUCGACAACGGCACGCUGGCGGCCAACCCGGCGCUGGCCGACCGGGGCGUCUUCGUCACCUACGGCCUGUACGACUUUGUCUUUGACGCCGGCCGGGAGCUGCAGGGCGCCCUGGACGGCCUGGGCAUCGAGUACCUGAGCCGGGUCACGCCGUUCGGGAGCCACUACUGGAACACGUGGCAGGACGCCCUGUGGUGGUUCGGGCAGAAGGUGCUCUGGAAACCCUUGCCGGUGACUCGACGAUAG